AAGAAAAAUUCAUAGAAAAUCGAUUAUAGUUUUGAUAUUGACAAAUUGUGAACUUUGUGAAAAAUAAUUAUAAAAUAUAGUAAUUGUGAAGCAGUGAAAUAAUGAAUAAUCAACUUACGCGCAAUAAUUUGCAAGAAUUCUGUCGAACUUGCUUAAGCAGUUUGCAAAAACGUCGCAAACGUGAAAAGGAGGAUACGCCUACUAGUUUUCAACAGCUGAAGGUUAAGGUUAAUCAAGGAGAUGACGAAAAUGAUUCUGAAACAAAUCAUAGUUAUAAUCUUAGUCUGCUACCGCAAUUGCAAAAAUUAUUCAUGUUAUUUACUUCCUUGGAAAUAUCAGAGGAUAGCGAUGAAGAUGCUUACCCACGAAGUCUAUGUCAACUAUGCUAUGAAAAAAUGAUUGAUUUCCAAGAGUUUCGAAACUUGGCCAUUAAUUCUGCGGAAGUCUUAUACAAAAUUGUUAAUAGUUUGGAUGAUGAAAUGCCCAAAACUUCUGCUGAGACACCAACGUUUCAAACAAUUGAAAUUACUAAAGAGAUAAAAACAGAGACUGUAGUAAGGGAAAGAAGCUACCAAUUCAAUGAUGACGAUGAUGAUGAUGAUCAGUUGCUUUUACCAGAACUAGCUCCGUUGAUGGAACGACCAAUUAAAACAGAACCGGAAAACUAUUAUAAAUCUGAGUCUGAAACUAUAUUACCAAAUGAUGAUAAUUCGGAAAAUUCAUCGAAUGUUGUUGUAAAGCAUGAAAUUGAUUCGGAAUACGAGGAAGAUAAUUCCCUAUUCUAUGAACGUAAUGCAUUAAGCGCAGCAGAUAACUCAGUUAGCGAUGAUGCAGAUGAUGAGGAACAUGCUUUGAGAAAUGGCGCGGCCAAUACGUCCAGUAUGUCUCUUAAUAACUCACCAGUAACUGUAGGAGGAAGACAAAGGUUUAGUGCAUCCUCCCGUAAACGCGAUCGCAACAAAAAGUCAUUAAAGUGUCCUCGUUGUGAUAAACAAGUCUAUAAAAAAGUGUACCUGGACGCUCACAUUCGGGCCGUGCAUGAAGGGUUUGAGAAGCCGUUUCUUUGUUUGGAAUGUCAAAAGGAUUUCACACGCUACGAACAUCUACAUACGCAUAUUCAAUCUAAGCAUUUAAUCAAACAACGAUUUAUAUGCGGUUUAAAUGGCUGCGAUGCCGUUUUUAAGUUGAGCAAUACUUUGGAGACUCAUCGACAAGUCGUACAUACAGCUACGUUUUCAUACGGCCUAAAGGAUAUGUUAGAACUUCACCAAGCUCAACUGAAUGAAGAAGUAGAGAUAAACCAUAUCUGUCAACACUGUUUCAAGACAUACAGCUCAAAACGUGCACUCUCCGAACAUUUGAAGCGACAUGCCCAAAUCAAGGAUCAUGUUUGUAAAGUAUGUGGCGUUGCCAAAGUAACGCGCACGGAGCUAUUAACGCAUAUGCGUAUACAUAAACCGAAUCUGGAGAAAUUCAAGUGCAGCAUUUGUCCGCAGGAAUUCAACCAUAAAAAUGCUAUAUCUCGCCAUGUGCGUGUCGUACACGAGGGCCAACGACGCUUUCCAUGCAGUUUUUGUCCCAAACGUUUUGGUACACGUAAUUCGCAAGUAUGCCAUGAACGUCUACACACUGGCGAACGUCCGUUCAAUUGUGAACUCUGUCACAAGCGGUACGCUCAAGUGGAAGGCCUCAAAUCACAUAUGAAAAGUCAUGACAAGAACUUGCGCACACAUGUCUGCUCUUUUUGUUCGCAACGUUUUAUAACAAGAAAAAAUCUAAUCGAUCACGAAAAGCGUCACCGAAGUGAUAAGCCCCAUAUAUGUAACACCUGUAGUCGUGGGUUCUUUUCAAUUGAAGAUCUGGGUGUGCAUAAGCAGUCGCAUACGGAAGAAGAAUUGCGUGAGAUGGCGUGCAAUGAAUAUGAGUUGUAUCAAGAUGCUGGCGAUAGUCUUGGAGAGCACGUAAUGGAAACCGAAUCAAUUAACGACCAAGGCCACCAGGCAUAUAUGGGCUAUAGCAGUUCGCAGAGUAGCAACUGAAUUUCAGACAAAGUGUUUAUAGUAACUGAUUUCGUAUGAACGGAUAAUAUGGCAAUUAUUUUGCAAGCACUCUUAAAUAUCUAUGGAUGUGUAAUUUUUACCACCACUUGCAUAAACUAGCUUGGAAAAUGGCUGCAUUAAUUUAAAUACAAAUAUAUUUAUUAAAUGAUAAAAUUUA